AUGAACGACGGUCAACAGUGGUCGUCACCAACUUCGUCCAUCAAUAGUUGUCGCCAACAGCGUCUUCAUUAUCAGCAAUCAUUGACGGCGUCUUCUUUACCCGCCGGCACCAACGACGUUAGAGUCUGUAUAUUGAUCCAUGAGGCCGACAAAUCCACAAGAGAUCACUAUAUCAUCUCAACUGAAGUCGGAUGGCACGUUCAUAGGGAUCUGAAGGAAGAAUCGAAGGACCAGAUGAUUGGAUUUGAGAAGAAGCUCGCUCUUCUCGCCCAGCUUCUCUUGGAGAAACUCGUAGUCCACGGACUUGAUGUUGAGUAA